CCUGCUUUCAACAAUGUGGCCCCUCACCCGCUAAGCAUGACCCCCGAUAAUGUGAAUGACUUAAAAGUUCCCACCCACUCGGUUCCCUUGUUAUAUUCAAGCCCCCGGUGGUCCAGUAGCUCAGACUCGACUGGAGAGGGAACCAUGGCGGUCAACAAGAUCAUCAAGUACUUGCUCUUCACGUUCAACUUUAUAUUUUUCGUGGGUGGAAUCACUAUUCUCAGUUUAUCCGUGCACGCCAGGAGCAACAAAGUCGACUACCCGAUCACAGACGACGUUCUCCCGGCCAUAAACCUCCUGGUGUUUGUUGGUGCCGUGACCAUGAUCCUGGGCUUCCUGGGCUGCUGUGGAGCCAUCCGAGAGGACCGCUGCCUGCUGACGCUCUUCUUCGUGGGCCUGCUCUCCGUGCUUCUCAUGAUGUUUGCCGUGGGUGUGUUGGGAGCCUUGUCGAGGACCGAGGCCGCCCAGGAGGUGGUGAAGGAGCACCUCAAGGAGCUGCUGCCGCUGAGCGCGGCGCCGGCUGACGUCCAGGAGUCGCUUCAGCAGCUGGAGAGGAGCGGCUCCUGCUGCGGAUUCUUUGUCGGACCCCUCGACUGGGGAAACUCCACGGUAGUGCCCAACUCCUGUAACUGCACGGACACCUCCAGGAAUUGCACUGUUGUGGACGGACGUGAGGUGUAUUCCACACCGUGCAUGAAGUACCUCAUGACGUGGUUGGACAGAGUGUCACACACCCUCAUCGGGGUUGCGUUUGGAUUUGGCAUCUUGAUGCUUCUGGGCAUGAUUUUCUCAUCAGUCGUAUGCGUUCAAGUUUGCGCUAAGAAGGGAGGAAGCAUCAUUUAGAAUACUUCUCACAAGUUCACAGAAGUGAAGGACGGACCAUCAUGCUCAUCGUGUUUUUUGUCUGAACUGAGCGUCACUGUACAUUUUAACCUCUUUAAGUUCUUACCCAUGUUUGCAUAUUGUGUAGAUUUUAACUUGACUAUAAAACUGGAAAUACAACAAUUUCAACGUA